UAUGGGCGAAGGUUAACCCAAUUGGAAGAGGUGGAGGGGGUCGGCAAAGAGGAUCGGUGUCGAGGGAAGGAGAGAGGAGAGAGAGCGGAGAGCGGAGAAGAGGGGAUGGCGAAACCGUUGGGAUCGACGGGGGAGUUCUUCCGGCGGAGGGAUGAGUGGCGGAAGCACCCGAUGCUCGCCAACAACCUCCGCCACGCCACUCCGGGCCUUGGCAUCGCCCUUGUCGCCUUCGGCAUCUACCUCGCCGGCGAGGCCGCCUACAACCACUUCCGCCGCCCUGAUGAUCACCCCACCACCCACCACUGAUCGUGGAACCCGUGGAUGAUGCUCGAUUCCCACUGAUUCCUUGAAGGUUUUAGGUGAUUCUUAUUGAUCGAUCGUGGAUUUUGUUUACGUCGACUUCGUUUCUUGAGCUGCCAUGUUGUGUUUGUUUGGUGCCUGAUUUGUCUGUAGCUAAUGCUGCAAUCAGAGGGCAACCAGAAAUGAUAAGUUCAAGAGUAAUUCGAGACGAAAUGUUGUCUUUUGGAUGAAUUGGUUCUUCAAGUGGACUUUCAAAUGUAUGACUGGAAUGAGCGUUUGAGCUCUGAAGGUUGUCUGAUCUGAUCCUUGUGGUUAUGACUUAACGAGUAAUAUUAAAUUUUAUCGGUGGUUA